AUGACUGCAUCUCGAAAAGAGGUGCAUUCAUCAUAUGCCGAUUUCUCUGACGACAGCGAGCCUGAAGCAGUCACCGAAGAAGUCGCCUCUAGUCUCAAAGAGCUCCUGACCACUAAGCGGAUACCGCUCUUGACUAGUCGUGAACAAUUUCGCUUGGCCGACAUCAUCGAGUGUAUUGGUAUGGUGGAGAAGCAUCGACGAUCGAUUGACGAUAACGCUGGUCGCUUCUUGCUGUUCUUCCGACAGCAUGUACUGAGUGAGACGCACAAGGGACCCAUCUCGUGGCGCGAGAUCAUCUGGGCGUUCCAUUCAGGUAGCCAGGAUAUUCUUGUCGACCUUGUCAGCAGGCACUUUAGCGGGAAGAUGAUGUGGCAGCACGCAAAGGAGUGUGGAGUGUUCAUGUGGAUGUCCGACAUCAACGCAUUGCGCGCCCAAUUCGAGGUCAUUGCUCGGAACGAGUACACGAAGACCGACGAAAAGAACCCCGUCGACUGCGCCCUAUACUACAUGGCCCUCCGGAAGAAGCCGGUUCUAGUGGGUCUCUGGCGAAUGGCUACUUGGUCGAGAGAACAGGGCGCAACACAUCGACUAUUGUCGAACAACUUCAACGAAGACCGCUGGAAGACCGCUGCACUCAAGAACGCGUACGCAUUGAUGGGCAGGAGAAGAUUCGAGUAUGCUGCAUCGUUCUUCCUUCUUGCAGACCAUCUACAAGACGCUGUCAGCGUUCUCCAUAAUCAGCUUGGUGAUACCCAGCUCGCCAUAGCAGUUGCCCGCGUCUACGGUGGUGACGACUCACCCAUCCUGCUGGACUUCUUGAGAGACAAGAUUCUGCCCCAAGCUGCUAGAGAGGGCAAUCGAUGGCUCGCAACAUGGGCAUACUGGCUAUUGAACAAGAAAGACAUGGCCGUUCGCUCGCUGGUAACACCGCUGACCUCUCUACUUGAGACUUCCGAGCCCCCCAGUUCAGCCGCUAAAUCGUACCUCACCGACGACCCUGCCCUGGUAGUCCUGUACAAGCAACUCCGCGAGAAGUCGCUCCAAACAUUACGCGGAGCCACAAUGAUAGGCAUGCGCGAAGAAUGGGACUUUGUGCUACACACCGCUGGCCUAUACGACCGCAUGGGCUGCGACGUCCUCGCCCUCGAUCUAGUCAAGACGUGGGAAUUCUUACUCCCACCACCGCCGACAAAAGCAACAUCCGGCCGUCCACCGCUAAGCCCCUCGAUGCCACGACAGAGCUAUCAAUCGCAAGGGAGGAAUCAAUCUGCGACGGACUUUGACUUUGAUCCUAGGAAGCUACUUCGCAGGAGGAGUUCGCUUGUUAUUGCCGAUUUACCGGUACGAGAGCAUGCUCACAAUGAUUUGGCGGAAAGUAAGGGGACGCUGGAGGAAAGUAGGGAGAGUGAUGAAGAGGAUGGCGAGGAGGAUGGUGAAGAAGAGGGGGAGCAAGAGGACGAAGAGGAUAAGAAGAAUGAUGAGAAGCCUAAGGAGGAGCCGAAGAAAAAACCGCCGCCGACUCAGUUCAAUGAGCCGGAUGCGAAUAGUUUGUUGGAUGCUUUCGGGUUUUAG